CCAGGAUUGCCUGAAAAUCUGGUAUAUCUAGACUUAUCUCACAACCAGUUAAAAGGUGAGAUACCGACUCACUGGCAAAGCUUUCAGAAACUUGAGUAUAUUGACCUCAGGUACAAUUCUUUCAAUGGAAGCAUACCACCAUCAUUGUUCACCGUUCCAUCCCUGCAAAACAUUCAGCUCGCCUUCAACCAACUCAAGGGUCAGGCUCCAGAUUUUUCAAAUCCUGCUUCUUCUGUUCUUGAUACUUUUGAUUUGAGCAGCAACAAUUUGGAAGGUCCCAUCCCUCCCUCCAUCUUUAAAGUCCAAACACUGAAAGUCCUCAUACUUUCAUCCAAUAGAUUUAAAGGAAGUGUACAGUGGAACUGCAUCCAGGCGCUCCCGAAAAUCACCACUUUUGAUAUGUCAUACAGCAACUUGACAGAUAUUGCAAGUGGGAACAACAAGAACUCUACCUUAUCAUCCAUUUUUCCUCAGUUUAACACAUUGAGUCUGGCAUGGAGCAAUCUAAGAAUAUUUCCAGAGUUGGGCAAUCAGUCAAGGCUAUCCUAUUUAGACCUUUCGGGAAACAAUAUCAGUGGGGUAGUACCCCGUUGGAUUCUGGAAUCAACUACAAUAUACCAUCUCAAUCUCUCGCACAACAACCUAAGGUGUUUCGAGGUACCUAUUUCUCUUCCCUAUGUCAUUACCUUGGACUUGCAACAUAACAAUCUCCAAGGGGAAAUUCCAAUCAUCUCAUCAUUAGACAUAAGCUACGUGGAUUACUCCCACAAUGAUUUCAAUGGCUCGAUUACAGCAGAACUGAGCAAUCACUUUUUAUUUACCAACAUCAUCAUACUAUCCAACAAUCGUAUAGGAGGAGUUAUCCCAACCAGUAUUUGCACUGCUUCAUCACUCCGAGUCCUUGAUCUAUCGAACCAAUGA